CAUCAUUCCAAAUAUCCGUCGCCCGAAUCCACGGUCGCUUCACCUUAAAUUAAAGAAUACAUACAGACAAGAGUCCCAGCUCCCACCAUGGGGGAUCCAGGUGCGGAGAUUCAACUCUUCAACCAAUGCAAGAUCUGUAUCAUAUGCUCCAAAGAUCUCCCUGCCGAUACGGCGCAUCAAUACGCGUUCACCUUCGAGCAACAUGGCGGAGAGACCGUUAUAUACGAGUCACCCGCCGAGUUCCCUCCUCUCACCGAAUUCACACAUCUCAUGAGCUGCACCAUCGACUUCCCCGCAUUUGACGCCGCCAAUGACGCCCUCAUCCCUAUAGUCAAGCCCAGCUGGCUUCAGGCAUGCCUCCAGAAGAGAAAGCUGGCAAACCCACGCCAAUAUAGCCCAGAUCCCAGACUGUUUCUGAACGACGUGGUGGUGACAUGCGGUGACAUCCCGGAGGGCGACAAGGAGGCGAUCAUUGGCGGAGUCCUCGCCAAGGGCGGACUGUAUAGCCCCAGAGUUUCUCAGCCGGUCACCCACUUGGUUGACCUGACUGCCGACUCGGACAAGGCUCGCCUGGUGAUCGCGAAGAGACUGAAGAUCAAGAUUGUCUUGCCCCACUGGUUCGAUGACUGCCUCAAACUAGGACGACGAAUCGACGAGCGCCCCUACCUUCUCCCCGACCCCGAGAUCUUGCGUGCGGCACCUGACGCUCCCAUACGCUCUGCAGAAAACCGAGAUAUUAUCGGUGCAUCGACGCCCGACCCUGCCAACCUCCCAGCGGCAGUGCAGUCUCUGACAGUCUUUGAAGGGAAGAAUAUUAUGCUUGCUCCGGACCUUGCAAUCGGAUCUCGUCUGUCCGGCUCCAUUGAAGAUAUUAUCAAGGACGGUGGGGGCUUUGUUGUCUCUGACAUAUCGACCGCAGAUAUUCUGAUCUGCCGCUAUAGAGAGGGGUUUGCCUAUCGCAUGGCCUUUCAAUUGAACAAAGACAUUGGCAACCUAUCCUGGCUCUACCACCUGAUGACAUACAACACCUGGACCUCUCCUCUACGGCGACUGCUACACUACCCUGUUUCACGCAAAGGUAUCCCAGGAUUCCAUGGGUUUAAGAUCAGCCUUUCGAACUAUGUUGGCGAAGCCAGGAGCUACCUAGAGCACCUGAUCACGGCCACGGGUGCUGAAUGUACGAAGACCCUCAAGCAAGAAAACACACACCUGGUGACGGCCCACGGACACAGUGAGAAAUGCGCCGCGGCGAAGGAAUGGGGCCUACAAGUCGUCAACCACCUGUGGCUGGAGGAGAGUUAUGCGAAGUGGAAGCUACAACCAGUCUCCGAUCCCCGUUACACGCACUUUCCCAAGAGAACUAAUCUGGGGGAGGUUGUGGGCCAGACUCGACUGGACAAAGCCGUGCUUGAGAACCAGCUAUUCCUCGAGAACAACAACGCAGCACAGGCACCAGCAAGCCUGCGACCAGUGAUGCAGAACAAGGACCAGAACACUAUGACUUCUUCCAAGACGGCGAAACAUGUUCAACAGUCCUCUGCAAAGGCUACCGAGUCCGAAAGUGAAGUUCCGCGCAUGUCGGGCGUUACCCCACGGGCUGCGGAUAAGUCACGCAAGAUCAUGGAGCCUCCUCCGUUGCAGACGCCUGCUCGGACUCGACUCACAUCCGAAGGGAAAGAGAAUGACACGCCGUCAAGCACCAGCAGUCGCAAGUCAAAGGAGGUUGCUGCUGCUCGACUCCAUGAGCUUGCACCGGACAUGGCGCUGUAUGAAAAGGAGAAGAGGCGUGUUGGGGGCGUGAUCCACGGUGGUCGAAGAGUGUCAGACGAGGAUCGCGUGGUCCUCAACCCCAGCAAGAAGCGUGUGUCUAUGGAGCCUCAGGAGGAAAGUGAUGAUGGCGAGACGGUAGAUACGAAGAGGCACAAGAAGUCUAAACCUCCAGUCGCAAUGCACCUAUUGAUCACUGGGUAUCAGAAAUGGGUUAAGAACCCGAAGACUGAAGAUUCUGACAAGCGGCAAUUACGUGAUCUUGGAAUCUUAGUCGUCCAAGACGCAAAAAAAUGCUCUCAUCUUGCCGCCCCAUCUAUCCUGAGGACACCCAAGUUCGUCAACGCACUGGCCUACGGUCCCGUCAUCAUGAACAUCGAGUUCAUCACGCAGUGUCUCAAGCAGAACGCCCUCCUCGACCCCGCGGAUUACGCCCUUCAAGACAAUGCUUCUGAGGAGAAGUACGGAUUCAAGCUUGAAGAUGCAAGGGCCAACGCCAAAGCGAACAAGAACAAGCUAUUGCAUGGGUAUCAGAUCUACUGUGUAGAGACAAUCCGCGGUGGAUUUGAUGCAUUCAAGUCCAUUGUGGAUGCCAAUGGUGGACAAUGCACUCUUUUCCGCGGUCGGGUCUCAUACCGAUCACAAAGAGAAGAGAAUGAAGACAGCUCGGGUGAGGAUGUUCCCCGCCGCAAAGAGGUUUAUCUUCUGAGUAGCACGGAGUCAGACCAAGUUAAAAUAUGGCCUCGCUUCCGAAGCAUGGUUGUGAGUACCGGCAAAACGCCACGGAUUGUUCGCGUGGAGUGGCUUCUGGAUAUGGCCAUGUCUCAGAAGCUCCAUGCGGUGGAAGAGUACGAGCUGAGUGAAGAAAUGGUCGAGAUUUCGCGACAGUAAGUAGGUCGGGAUCUGUAUGGUGUUAGGAGUGCUGCGUCUAAGCGUCUUUGUUGGUUUGAAAGAAGCGAUGAGAAUCACCCUCCAGGUCGCUCACCUGGGACCUUUGUAGAUGACUUACAUUUUGCAUGAAAAUAGCUUGUUGUACCUACAAUCGAUUUGUCCGGAUAUUCGGGACAGAGGAGAGGACAUGUUCAGAAGAAUUUGACACCUUCUUGGCCGUCA